AUGCUAUAUAUUAAACAAUUUCAACAUAACCGUCAAGAUUAUAUAAAACAUUAUCAACAUUUUCAUUUAUCAAUUCAUGAAGACUUUUCACUUUCUAGUAAUCAAUAUAAUGAAAAGUUUCCAAAUAUAUCUCGCCCAGCAAAACCAAAUGUUAGUUAUUCACGUAAUCAAACAUUAUUUUUUCUAUCUAGAAUACCAUCAUUAGAUAUGUUACACAGAAGUUCAAUAACAGAUUAUAAUAAAAAAAUAUCAAAUGAAAAUAGUGAAAAGUUAUCCACCUUUACUCGUCAUCAAGCAUAUAGUAAUGUAUAUCGAUUAGCUCAAUCUACACCAAUAGGAAAUCAAUUAUCUAAUUCAAUUCCAACGGAAUCUGAUAGAUCAACAACAGCUCCACUUAUACUUGAAAAAAAUAUUUAUCCAACACCAUCUGAAAACAUAAAAAUUACUAUGUCAUCUCGUUCGCCAACACCAUUACGAAAUGCACGUUUAGUAGAUUCAUCAGACGAUUAUAAUAAUACAAGAAAUUCAUUAUACUAUCAAUUAAAAUCGACAACAUUCAAAAGUGACAAUCAUUUUAUGCAACAACCUUCUCAUAUAAAUACAAAUGUUCAUAUUAAUGAAACUAUAAAUACAAAUAGUCAGAAUAGUUUUCUUGAUUUACCUGCUGAUACCAAUUCACAUGGUACAACAACAGUAAAUAAUGAUGAUGAACCGCAAAUACUUUAUCGUAAUAAUCAACAAAAAAUAAAUGGUUUUCAACAUAUUGCAAAUUUAGGUAGUUGGCAACGUCGUUCAAAAAGUAGACAAUUAGAAUUAUCGGAAAAAUCCAAGGAAAAAGAAGAUGAAGAACAAAUUUUAAAAGAUAUUGAUCAAUCCUUAUUGAAUUCAUCAACAACAACUUAUAAAUAUAAACGUCCAUUUUCUGAAGAAUAUGAUCAAGCUAUUUAUUUACAUGCACAUUAUCAAACAAAUAAUAGUAUUAAUGAAUGGAAUUUAAAAGAUUUUUAUCGUGAUGUUAAAACAUCAUUCGAACCAGAAACAAAUGCUAAACCGAUUUUUGAAAAAUGUCUUAAAUUAGCUAGAUUACAAGCAAAUACAAUCAAAUGGGAACAACGUCGUCGUCAAAAUUUAAUUAUAUAUAAUCGUCUUAUAAAAAGUGGUACAUUUGAUAAUAAUAUAUUAAAUUCCAAUGGAAUAUUUUCAUCAAAAACUACUAACGAAAAAGAUAUUCGAGAUAUAAAUGAACUAAAACGUGAAUUACGUUGUAAUGAAUGUAAACGCUUAGCAUGUCUUGGUAAUUGUGCACCAGGUAAUGAAUAUCGUCAAUAUAAACGUUUUACACAAUUAUCAUCAUUAUUAAAUACACGUGAACAAAGUCGUUCGAGACUUAAUUUGCGUACACAGCGAUCAACGACGGAUUUACGUCCUUGUACUACACAACAAACGACACGAGAAAUAAAAUUUAAACUUGAACAAACAAAUACAAAUCCUAUUGUUGUUGUACCUGUAUUUGAAAAUGAAUCACAAACAAAACGUUCACAAAAAAAAUUAACUCAUCGAUAUCUACCGAACAAGUCACUUCGUUCACAACGACGAGAAACAUUAACAGCUAUUUCAACACCAAAAAUUUCAAGUUAA